GGCUGGCACAAUGUCGCGGACCGGAGCUGACCAUGAGGGUGUGGUCAGUCGGUCAGCGGGCAGGCACUCCUAUAUAACGGCGGCCACCACCGCUAGCGGCACCAGUUCAACACACAACCAGUUCGCAGCAACAUGAAGGCCUUCAUCAUUGCCGCUCUGGCGCUGGUGGCCGCCGCCGACCGGCCGGCGUACCCGACCCCGGCCUACGGCCCCCGGCCCGCCUACCCGGCCCCGGCUCACGGCAGCUACAAGCCCAUCGCCAUCCUCGAGGAGGAGAGCGUCCACCCCGGAGAUGGCACCUACAACUUCCACUUCAGCACCGAGAACGGCAUCUACAGGUCUGAGAACGGCGUGCCUCUGCCCGGCUACGGCAAGAACGCCUACGGACAGCCCGAGGGCAGUUACCGCCAGGAGGGCUCCUGGAGCUACACCGACGGAUACGGAAACCCCGUCAAGGUGACAUUUGUCGCCGACGACAACGGCUACCAGCCGUCCAGCGACAUCCUGCCCACCCCGGUGCCCACCGAGUACCCGACCCCCGAGGUGGACACCGCCUACGUCGAGCCUGCCUACGGCAAGCCCGCCUACCAGCCCGCCUACAACUAAGGUCACCCAUGGAGUACAAUAGUAGUGAUUCAUUUAUUGUAUUUAUUUGAUGUUUGUGUGUAAUUUAUGCAUUCAUCAUUGUCCACGUCAUGAACAAAAUAAACGUUUCAAUGAUUGUAUUA